CCAGAGGAAGCUUCGGGAUAAAUUGUAAAUUACAAUGCAUGCCAGGUUACUACGGAAAUCUUUGCUUGCUUCCAUGUGAAUGUUAUGCUCACCAGUGUGACCCAGAGUCUGGAUGUCCAGGGACUAUCUCUCCAAUACAGGAAGAACAAAAUAAUACUAGCACAUGGACGUUGGUUUUCGUUAUCAUUAUUGGUUCGGUAGCAACACUCCUUGUCAGCUGUAUAUGCCUGUACUUGUGGAUCUCAAAACGGGGUAAACCACGUUUGCGAUAUCCCAAGACGAACCCAACAGAUUUGGAUGACACACUUACCGCUACGGUCAAAGACGUUAAUACAUGUAAGCAGUCUCCUGACCACGCCGAAAUCUGCGACAGUUUAAACAGUUCUCUCAGUCAGUCCAAGGAUGGUGAUUUAACUGCAACCGAAAUUGAUGUAAAGUGCAAGCAUGAAAUUGAAUAUGUAGAAAAAGAGGACAAGUAUGGUGGAUUACAUGAUAGCGAGUAUCACAGAUUACAGUUUAAAACGAACAGAAGUCUCAGAAGACAAUAUAUAGGGAGGGAAGAUAAAGACAGUGAAGAAUUCGUGGCACUGGAGAGGGUAGAAUUCAGUGGGGUUAACACAGAGGAUCGAAUCUAUUCCAUACCACAGAUGUCACAGAAUGAAAACCAAUGGGCAAAUCGAUCUCAAAUUGAUUCUCUGUGUACUUCAGAAUAUAGCAUUUUGAGUAUUGAUAAUAUUUCUCCAAAGACUUUUCCAAACUCAAAGGAGAUGCCGUCUAUUACUAUUGAGAAUGAAUUAAAAGGAAACUCAAUUAUGGUAGGAGAACCGCAGUAUAGUCUCGUUAAAUUCAGUGAUAUUGAAAUUGAAGAUGACAGAAACAAGAGUGUAGAAUCACAAACUACACCGCUGUGAGAUUAUCUAACGGUUUGUUCAUUAUUUUUAUUCAGACGUGUAAUAAGAAUAUGGUGCG